GGAUGAGUAAUGUGUUGUUUAUAAUGUGUUGUUUAUAAAGUGUUGUUUAUAGGAUGAGUAAUGUGUUGUUUAUAAUGUGUUGUUUAUAGGAUGAGUAAUGUGUUGUUUAUAGAGAUAUCAGUAGAGGAGGACGGAGGGAACUCCGCAGUCAGCUACAAGGAGGACGGAGGGAGGUUCGCUGAAACACAGACUAUAAAACUAAGUGUGGAUACUAAGUACUCUGUCAGAAUAUCAUGUAAAGAGGAGCUGAAGACGCAGGACAUGUUACUUAACGGAGAGGCUAUCUACAUGGAAACUAAACCUCCCGCCCCAGACUCAGACCCUUCACUCAAGGUAUACGAGGGGAGGUUCAGUACUGACAAGGUGGACAAAACAAAGAAAGCCAAGAGAGACGUAGUAGCGCUACAGAUACCGCUACAAUACUCUUUACUGGUAGCGCUCCAGUGCAAGUACUACACUCUAAAGAAGAAGAAGAGUACUAGUUGGGGGGAGACACUGAAGAACAUAGUGGUUAACUAUAAGGAGGAGGAGGGGGUAGAGGGCACUAAGUGUGUAGUGUCCUCUGUGAAGUGCAGGAAGAUCAUGCCUCGCUAAUAGAGGGCACCAAGUGUGUAGUGUCCUCUGUGAAGUGCAGGAAGAUCAUGCCUCACUGAUAGAGGGUACCAAGUGUGUAGUGUCCUCUGUGAAGUGCAGGAAGAUCAUGCCUCGCUGAUAGAGGGCACCAAGUGUGUAGUGUCCUCUGUGAAGUGCAGGAAGACCAUGCCUCGCUGAUAGAGGGCACCAAGU